CUAAGGGUGGAGAAGGGGGAAGGCGAAGGACGCGCGUUCCCGGGCUCGUGACCGCUGACAGCCCCGGGAACAGGCGCCCAGAGAGCCGGGGAGAGAUGGCAAGCGGCAGGGACCGGCGCGUCGUGGGCACCCUCCACCUGCUGUUGCUGCUGGCCGCCCUGCCCUUGGCAGCCCGGGCGGUCAGUCCUGGCGCCGCAGCCUGGACGGAGGAGAAGAAUUAUCACCAACCAGCCAUGUUGAAUUCAUCGUCUCUUCAGCAAAUUGCGGAAGGCACCAGUAUUUCCGAAAUGUGGCAAAAUGACUUACGUCCCUUGCUGAGAGAGCGGUACCCAGGGUCUCCUGGAAGCUACGCUGCUCGUCAGCACAUCAUGCAGCGAAUUCAGAGGCUCAAGGCCGACUGGGUCUUGGAAGUAGACACCUUCUUGAGUCAGACGCCGUACGGGUACCGGUCUUUCUCGAAUAUCAUCAGCACCCUCAAUCCCACUGCGAAAAGGCACUUGGUCCUCGCCUGCCAUUAUGACUCCAAGUAUUUUGCCCAUUGGGACAACAGAGUGUUUGUGGGAGCCACAGAUUCAGCUGUGCCAUGCGCAAUGAUGUUGGAACUUGCCCGUGCCUUAGACAAGAAACUCCUUUCCUUGAAGAAUGUUUCAGACUCCCAGCCAGAUCUUUCACUCCAGCUGAUUUUCUUUGAUGGGGAAGAGGCUUUUCUUCACUGGUCUCCUCAAGAUUCUCUUUACGGGUCUCGACACUUAGCUGCAAAGAUGGCAUCGACCCCGCACCCACCGGGAGCAAGAGACACCAACCAACUGCAUGGCAUGGAUUUAUUAGUCUUAUUGGAUUUAAUUGGAGCUCCAAACCCAACAUUUCCCAACUUUUUUCCAAAUUCUGCCAGAUGGUUUCAUAGACUUCAAACAAUUGAACAUGAACUUCAUGAAUUGGGUGUGCUCAAGGAUCACUCUUUGGAGAGGCAGUACUUCCGGAAUUAUGGUUUUGGAGGUUUGAUUCAGGAUGACCAUAUUCCAUUUUUAAGAAGAGGUAUUCCUUCAAAUCGUGAAAUUACUGCUUUGAUGCAAGAGGCAGACACCAUUGCGUAA